AUGUCAGAUGAUCCAACGCCAAGACAGAUCAAAUGGAUAAAUCGUCAGCGAGUGCUGGUUUUUGCUGCUCGUGGAAUAAACCAUCGCCACAGACAUUUAAUGGAGGAUUUAAAGAAGUUAAUGCCCCAUCAUAAAAGAAGAAAGAUGCGUGAUUUAUAUCUUUGGAUGUCAAAUGUCCCCAAUGGACCAUGUGCAAAAUUUUUAGUAGAAAAUGUUUAUACUAUGGGUGAACUUAAAAUGACAGGAAAUUGUUUGAGAGGUUCUAGACCCCUUUUGUCUUUUGAUCCUCAGUUUACAAAAGAUGCUCAUUACUGUCUAUUAAAAGAACUGUUUAUUCAGAUAUUUGGAGUACCUAAAAACCAUCCAAAAAGUCAGCCAUUCUUUGACCAUGUUUACACAUUUAUGAUUCUUGAUAAUAGAAUUUGGUUUAGGAAUUACCAAAUACUUUCUGAAGAUGGAGCUUUGGCUGAAAUAGGACCUCGAUUUGUAUUAAAUCCAGUUAAAAUAUUUUCUGGAUCAUUUGGAGGAGCCACAUUAUGGGAAAAUCCAAAAUAUAUCAGUCCAGCCAAACUAAGACAAGCUUUUUCAAAGAAAGCUGGUAAUAAAUAUGAAAGGAGAAUAGAGAAAAAAGUAAUGAACGAAGCUACUAGACCAGAAACUGGAUAUCCAGAUAUUGAAGGAGCAGAUUUCUUUAAAGGUGAUCCCCUUGAAAAGGCUCAAGAUGUUGUAAAAGAAGAAGAAAAUAAUUCUGAUACUGAUGAUGAUACAAGUGAAAAUGAGGUUCCAAUAGUUGCAAAACCGAAGCAUAAAUUUAGUAUGAUGCUUACUAAAAAGAAACCAGAAAAGGUUAUACGACGUAAACAGUUGAAAGCAAAAAGCAAGGCUAUAUCGGAUCAAAUCAAGAAACGAAAACAAUUCAAGAAAAAGACAAUGAAA